AUGAGCAACGUUACCCUUCUCGACCGUCUUUUCUCGCUAGACACCAAUACCGUGUCCGAUGCCUUAGAUGUUCUAGGCCUCAAAGGAGCGACCUUCGGCUUGCAGCCGCUGUGGGACUGUCCAAAGAUUGUCGGGCGUGCUAGCACGGUGACGAUAGCUCCUAAAACAGAUGCAGCUGAAACGGUCCAUCUGCUCACUCCAGUUGUGGAUGCGACUACAACUCACGACCGCAUUCUCGUCGUUUCCGGCGGCAUCGAUGGAAUUUCAUGCUGGGGCGACAUUCUCGCCAAUGCCUCUAAGGCGAAACAGAUCCGGGGAACCAUUAUCGAUGGAAUGAGCCGCGACAUCGAUGGCAGCCGUGACAUUGGCUUUCCCGUUUACGGCCGCGGUGUCACUAUGAUCAGCGGCCGCAACCUCAUAGUGCAAGUCGACUCUGGAAAACCGUUACAGAUGCGAGGCGUCACGGUCAGGCAAGACGACUACGUGAUCGCUGACAGUUGUGGAACGGUAUUUGUCCCGGCCGAGCGCAUCGCCGAGGUCCUAGAUCUGGCGGAACGAAUCGAAGAUCGACAGAAAGGCAUGCUUGAAGCCGUACGAGCGGGUCGCCCUGUCUCCGAAGUCAUGCACGACAAACAGUUUGCAGCCAUCCAUGCGAGCGCAUCACCUUCAACAGGCGCGGCGGGCUUUUCGCCCCCACCGCAGAACCCCGGGGAUACUGCAGCUGAAGAUAGGGAGUUGAUUGCCCUGUUCACCGAAUUAGACACCCUUGGGGUUUCUGACGCGCUCGACAAGCUCGUCAUACCCGGACAGGCAUUUGGCAUCUUGCCUCUGGGCAACUACAAGAAGACUACCGUCGGGCCAGCGUUUACAGUGCGCUAUGUGCCAGCUGACGAUCCGCCGGGAAGUGUAGGUGACUUCAUUGAUGAUGUUGCCGCAGGCGAUAUUGUGGUCAUCGAUAACGGUGGCCGUACAGAUUGUACCGUUUGGGGCGACAUCCUUACACAAUACGCUGGUCUACGAGGCAUUGCAGGCACUGUCAUUGAUGGUGUUUGCCGCGAUGUGAACCGUGCUUUGACCGAUGAAUAUCCACUCUUUUCUGCCGGACGUUGGAUGAGAACCGGCAAAGAUCGUGUGCAAGUGGGAGGCGUCAACGAGCCGAUCAGUGUGGGUAAAGUACGUGUUAACCCUCGCGACAUUGUGGUCGCUGAUGCCAACGGUGUUGUUGUUGUUCCGCGGAACCGGGCCCGUGAAGUGGCCGAGAUAGCGGCCAAGAUCGAGGAGAGUGAGAGCGGCAUCCGAAAAUUGAUUGCUGAGGGAGCUGCAAUUGCUGAGGCGCGGGAGAAACUUAACUAUCAUAUGCUACAACGCAAAAGAUAG